GAGCGAGCGCGACAACAUAGCGCCUAUUUAUACUGAAAAGUGUCGAGAGUAGCCACGCAUAGUCAGUCUAGUGCUUGUGCCAAGAAGAACCAUGAUCGUGAGCAGAUCUAUCGGCGUUUUGAUCGGUGUUUCGACGCUGGCCACGGUAGUGUGGGGAUUGGCGUGUCGCACACCCUCCGAUACUCUCGGAAAAUGCGUUGAACUACAAGAGUGCUCCAAGUGGAACCAAAUUUUAGAUCGGUCAAAUGCAAAUCCGUACAUAUCCAUAUCAGAGUUUAAACUUUUGAACGAAGCAUUAGGGGCAUGCGCUGAUUCGGAUGGACCCAGCCAAAAGAAGCUGUGCUGCGCUGAGGAAGAUAUCUUCCAGAAGAGAGUCGAUAUCGAGCCCAUAUGCCUAUCCGGUGCUUCGGAUGCUAUACGAUCAGAAAAUACAUCCUUUGGAGUAUUCUUGUACAUUAACGGCCGAGUAAACACUCACAUGAAGCGAUGCGUCGGGAGUUUAAUCAGAGCAGAUUAUGUGCUUACGUCGGCUCACUGUGUGCACAAAGUAGCAAGCGAAAAUAUCGAAGCGUAUGUUAAUGCGAAAUACGUGUACAACGAAGAAAGUGGUACUGUUGCCCACGGCGUAAAACCUUCUCGCGUAGAAUCUGUUAUCAUCCAUAAAGAGUAUAACCCACCCCAGCUUGGUUUCGACGUAGCAUUGCUACGUCUUAAGGAGAGAGUGGAUCUGCAUUCCCCGGGCUCCCCGUAUCCCAUCUGCAUCCCCACAGCAAAGGAACACUACGCAUCGGGCAAUAGUAUCCUGCAUUCAUUCGGUUGGGGGGCGAACUCUGAGGGUGUUUUUAGUGACAUCAAACUAUCGGUGACGUUGCAGAGGAUCUGGGAUCUGGCCGUUUGUGCAUCCUAUGGCGGACGACUAAAGGUGACGUCAGAAGUGCUAAGAAAAUCAGGUCACACCAAUCCGAUUUGCACCAUCGGCAUCUCGGGUCAUAAUUUGUUCGAGGGCUACUCUGGCGCGCCUCUUAUGUAUCGAAAGAAUGGUGCAUGGUUUCUUCUGGGCACGGUUGGAAAACCGUUGAAUCCAGCCGAAACAAGGGGAAAGAAAACUCCAAAUCGCGUCCUUUCUACUUCUGUACAAACCCAUGUGGCAUGGAUAAAUGAAGUUUUGGAAAGUCAAGGAAGCCCGGAAGGUAUAGCAGCAAUGGAUUUAAGGAUAAAUCCACUUUGAUUCGAUCGACACUAUUGAAUUGACAAAGUCGUUCUUUUGGAAACAGCAUGUAACCGACAAGUCCUAAUUAUGCUCCAAUAAAAAAGAAAAGCCCGAGGCCCAUGCCUCUGGAAUA